AUGGUGCGGCGCACUGGCCCCGGGGGCGUUGCUGAGAGCCGCGUGGGCAUUCUGCGGCAGCAAGCGCUCCUCAAAGCGCUAGAUGUGCUGGACGAGCUGGCGCUGGGGGCCCAGCACCUGGACCCAGCGCUGAUUGCGCUGCUGGGCCUGGGCGCGCGCAGAGCGGGGCCUGGGGCCUGGGAGACCAGGUGGUCGGAGUGGUGGUCCGCAGAGGUGCAGGAUGCCGCGGGCGGCAAUCCCCGGACCAUGCCGCUGGUGAUGAGCCAGGACCCCUGUGCCUUGCCGCACGUAGAGACCGCUGAGGGCUUGCAACUGGUGCCGGUGCCGGAGGAGUUUGUGCGCCUGGAGGGCCACCACUGGGCCCACAGCGAGGCCCGGGGCAGCGUCUACCGCCUGCGGGCCUUCGGAAGCCGCGCCGAGGGCCUGCUGCUGCCGGACUUCUGCCAGGUCGAGGCGGCUGCAGUCACCUACAUUCACUCGGGGCAGGAGCAGAGAGACAGCCGCUGGCUCCUGCCGGGCUUAGAGAAGCUCUCGCAGCAGGUGAGUCUGCGUAAGCUACGGCUAGCUGAGCUGAUUCCGGUGAUCCAGCGAUCCAGCACAAUUUCACUAGUGCUGGUGGCAGGGCGCCUGCGCUUCAAGGAUGGUCCGCAGGCCUCCAGCUUCAGCCGCCCCGCGGCGCGCAGGUGCCCCUUCUACAUCGAGGGUGUCGACAUGGGCGCCAGGUUGGAGCUCUGCGUGGUGCCGCCGCUGAGGACGAAGAGCGGGGAUCCGGAGAAGGUGGACGCCGAAGCGCUGCGGGAGCUGGGCCUGGAGCUCUUCCCUUUGAGCAGCGGCUGUCGGCUUUGCGUGCGGCAAAGUGGGGGACCGCAGCUGCGGCUUCUCAGCAGCUCCCUGGAGGAGAUCUGCGGGUACCUCGCCGGCGGCUGGCUGGAGAGUCUGCAGAGCGCGCCCAGCACUUGGGCGCCGCUGGCGGUGCUGGAAGCCCGUAGCGCGGACCUGGAGGAGCGCCUGGGCCACGUCCCGGGCCGCGGCGCCUUCCUCCGCAGCUGCGCGGCCCGGCGCUGCGGCUGCGGCGGGGAGGCCGUGGGCGCGGAGCUGCUGGAGGACGGGCGCAAGGUGCCGCUCUGCGUGGCGUGCGCGGCCUUCGUGCCGGGCUCCGACACCUUUGAGCUGAAGCGGGAGCUGGCCGAGCACACGGGCCGCCCCAACGGCGAGCUCCUGGGCUCCUGCGACUCGCGCCUGGACGACGUGCUGAGCGCCGGGCUCGAGGAGAGCUGCAGCUGGCGGAAGGACCUCGUGCCGUCGGACUGUGCGGUGAUGGCGGCGGGGGGGAUGCUCUCCCUGAAGCCCCCAGCCGCCGGGUGGCCGGAGGAAGUUCAGGCCGAGCUUCAUCGGCAGCUGCGCAUCCUGCUGGGUUGUGACGAGAAGGCCCUGCGCAUCAUGCACACGGGUCCGGAAGCGGACACCGCCAAUCUGCUGGUCACUUUCCUGCUGCUGCACCCGGCAGUGCUCAACAUCAACGAGGACAAGGAGGAGCGGAUCGACCCCAAGAUCCCUUUGCUGUGGUUCUGGAACUUGGAACUGGAGCUGCGGCGUAUGGCCGCGAACCAGGGCCUGCGGGCCCGGUGGACCAAGAAGGAGCAGGACUCGGCGGUGCCCUUGUUGUUGGUCAGCGACCUGCGGCGCGUGGUGCUGCCCUGUACCUUGAUCCUGCUCACGGCCAAGAACUACGAUGCGCCAGCGCCAGAAGAGCAUGCAAGAGGGCCGCCAGCGAAGGGUGCGAUACAAGGCGAAAUGAGCGAAGCCAUCGAAGCUGUCCGGCUGCGCAUGGCAGAAGCAGGACCCAAGAAAGAGCAGCGGGUGAACAAGGAGGUGCAGCGGAGGCUCUCCACGCAAGCGCGGCGCAACACGGUGGCAGAGAUCGCCGCCACGGAGCGGCGCCCCAGCCAGGACCAACAUUUGGACAAUUUAGCCUUGAAGUAUCCGAAUCUGACGCUCUAA